AGAUGCUGCGCGCAGUUGGCAGGGCGGAUAGUGGAGGGAUGGUCGACUCGAUGCAGCUGCUCGGCACAUCUUCGGCUGUCCCGCGGCGUGCCCACAUCGAAAUCGCACCCGCGGCCAAAAGUUCAAGAUGUAAGGGACUAACACAAUUCAACACGCCAACAGCACGCCUUCUCGACCGCGCACUCCAGACACCAACCGCCGACCUAGCUCACGACACACUCUUUGCCCAGCAUGGCGACCGUCCCACCCCUCGACUCGCCCAUUAAAGAGGUCCAACUCUCCGCCCUCGUCGUAAUGCGCAUCAUCAAACACUCCACCUCCACCUUUCCCAUACCGACCACCGGCUGUCUCGUCGGCAUGGACGUUGGAGCGCAACUUCAAGUCACAAACUCUUUCCCAUAUCCUGCAACGACCGGGCCAAACGAGUCCCAACCAAACCCAGCAGACCCAUACUAUCACGCCGACCAGACUGCGGUAUCUUUGGCAGCGCCUAGAGCCAAGCAGAGCGUAGCAUAUCAGAACGAGAUGAUCAAGUAUCUACGGGAAGUGAAUGUGGACGCGCAGAGUGUGGGGUGGUAUGUCAGUUGUGGCAUGGGCAAUUUCGUUACGAGUGCGUUUGUGGAGAAUCAGGCCUUCUUCCAACGGGCCGAGGGCGAGAGGACGGUGGCGCUGGUAUUUGACGUGGGCAGGAGUGGUCAGGGAAACCUGAGCAUGAAGGCAUACCGGCUUAGUCCGGCGUUUAUGGCCGCGUACAAGGAGAGCAAGUUUACAGCAGAAAACAUCCAAAAGUCCAACCUCCGCUACCAGGACAUCCUACAAGAGCUCCCCUUGACGAUACACAAUUCCCACCUCCUCACCUCCUUCCUUCACCAACUCCCCACUUCGCCUACGGAGAACACGACCCCGGACCUCCCAAUCUCCAUGUUGGACCUUCAAUCGAACCCAAAGAUAUCAUCUACCGCCCUAUCUCCGAACCCAACAACCCUCGACCUGUCCAUCGACCCAUACCUCGAAUCAACCACCGACCACAUGCUCGACGCCAUCGAGGCUCAUCAGACGGAGCAGAACAACUUCCAGUACCAUCAGCGCUCGCUCGCGCGUGAGCAGGCCAAGAUCACGCAGUGGCAGCAGAAACGCAAGAGUGAGAAUGUGCUCCGCGCGCAGCAGAAGCAGCCGUUACUUGACGAAAAUGAGUGGACGAAGCUGUUUAAGCUGCCGGCUGAGCCUAAUAGGUUGGAGGCGUUGCUGGUAGGGAGACAGGUCGAGCAGUAUGCGAGGAUGGUCGAUGGGUUUUCGGCUGGGACUGUGGGCAAGUUGUUCGGAGUGCGAGGGGGGCUGGUGCCUGGUGAUAACGUCUAAACGGGCAGGUGGUGCUGGAUGGUGCAUUAUGCGGGGCUCUCUGGGUGGCAUAGCGAGGCGUUUCGGAUGACGAAUAAUGGCAGACGGUGGUCUAAGUGUUCGGCACCUCCAGUGGUGCUUUUAUGAGAAGACGUUAC